GGAAGUGAUGUACGGGGAAUGGCUGGGUUGGCCCUUCUCGCUUCCCGUCGGAGUUCGCGGAACCUUCCCUGGGCUGCUGCGGCCGGUGGGCUGAGGGGAUACGCAGGCGGCGGCGACGCCACCAUGCCUAAGAAGGUCGGUCGGAGAGCGCGGAGGCUCCGAGCUUCCAGACUAGCCGCCCUGAGGGUCCGAAGGUUGAAAUGUAAAAGACGUCGUGUCCCUCCAGGGGGCGCACGCGGGUCUCCCCCUUCCUCAGCCCAAGCCUCACAACAACCCUGUGAGGUAGGCUAGGCAGAGAGCGAGGCAGGGAUGGUGCAGUGAGCUUCGUGGCCUCCCAGGGCUUAGUGCAACCCUCGCCUUGGAUAGGGCUGCCAUACGUCCGGGUUUCCCCGGACACGUCCUGCAGUUCGCCUCCGAAAAGGGAGUCUUGAAUUAUUUUUCGGAAACCGGGCAAAUCAACAUAUAUAUAAAUAAUAUAGGUACAGUGGUACCUCGGGUUACAUAUGCUUGAGGUUACACACUCCAUUAACCCAGAAAUAGUGCUUCAGGUUAAGAACUUGGCUUCAGGAUAAGAACAGAAAUCGUGCUCCGGCAGCGCGGCGGCAGCAGGAGGCCCCAUUAGCUAAAGUGGUGCUUCAGGUUAAGAACAGUUUCAGGUUAAGUACGGACCUCCGGAACAAGUUAAGUACUUAACCCGAGGUACCACUGUAAAGGGACCCCAGUCGUGACCGACUGGGGUUGCUGCGCUCAUCUCGCUUCAUUGGCUGAGGGAGCCGGCAUACGGCUUCCAGAUCAUGUGGCCAGCAUGACUAAGCCGCUUCUGGCGAACCAGAGCAGCGCACGGAAACGCCAUUUACCUUCCCGCCGGAGCGGUACCUAUUUAUCUACUUGCACUUUGAUGUGCUUUCGAACUGCUAGGUGGGCAGGAGCAGGGACCGAGCAACGGGAGCUCACCCCAUCGCGGGGAUUCAAACCGCCGACCUUUCGAUCAGCAAGCCCUGGGCUCUGUGGUUUAACCCACAGCACCACCCACGUCCCUAUAAAUAAUAUAUAUAUUAAUAAUAAUAAUAUAUGUACAUACACCACCCUAGACCCGGAGAUCUCAGGGCGGUUCACAGAACAACAAAUGUCCUGGAAAACCUGCAGUGGGUUAAAUUGUGCCAAAGCACAUAAAAAAAGCUCCAAAACUCAAAAAUACUUUUUGUGUGUGCAUAUGUGCAUAUAAUUUUUAUUAAAUUUUCUGCUUUGCAAUUUAGAAUAUUCAUUUAAACAACAUUAAAAUGUCAAUGACUUCCCUUCUUCUCUUUCCAUGGUUCAUUAUUGCAUACCAUAAAUCCCUGCAUAUUUUACAUAAACUAAACCAGUCAGUAUUCCAUUAUUACAUCCAUCAAAACUUGUUUGCACUGUUGAAUUUAUCUUAAUGCCAACGUUUUCAAGUGUACACAAUCCCCCCCCAUAUAUUCAAUAAACAUUUUUCAAUCUUCUUCAAAUGUAUGUUCUUCUUGUUGUCUUAUUCUGUACGUUAGGUCCACAAGCUGCUCAUAUUCCAGCAGUUUAAGUUGCCACUCUUCUUUAUUUGGGACCUCGCUCAUUUUCCAUUUUUGGGCCAACAAAACACGGGCCGCAAUAGUGGCACACAUAAAUAACAUUUUUUGACACCUCAAAAAUUCUUGUAGCUUUUAUGGAAAAUAAAGUUUGACGACUUUGAUUCCUCUAAAACACACACACAAACACAACUCAACAACUUGGGGCAGGGGCAAAGCUCAACAAUUCUGACCUGAUUUUCACUUUUGGAGAUAUGGCAACCCUAUCUUAGAAUCACAGAAUUAUUAGACAGAAUAAUAUAAUGGCACCUUAGAGACGAAUAAAUAAUAUUGUGGCAUGAGCUCAUCACACGCAUACAGGCAUGCAUGCCUAAUUUUGUCUGCCGCUUUUCCAUAGUUAAGGCCCUGCUCAAGGCGGCUUACAACAUUUCGGGGGGGGGGGAAUCGCAUAACUGCAAACGUAACAAAAUAAAAUGCGUAAAGCGCACAACCAAAUUGAAUGAUUUCCACAUAAAUUAUAAUGAGUUUUUUUUUUAUUAAAAAAAUCAGUAACAGCACCACCACCCCUCCCCCAUCCCUUGCAACAGCCUAGAAGCUGUAAUCAGUUAGAUCAGAGCAGGCUUCCUCAACCUCGACCCUCCAGAUGUUUUUGGCCUACAACUCCCAUGAUCCCUAGCUAGCAGGACCAGUGGUCAGGUAUGAUGGGAAUUGUAGUCUCAAAACAUCUGGAAGGCUGAGGUUGAGGAAGCCUGGGUCAGAGGGAAAUGAAAUGCCAAAAGGGCUAAUGCCAAAAGUGGUGGACGGUUCCGUUAGAUCCAGAAAACUUAACAGAAUUGCAACAUUCCAAUAAACUUUUAAUGAUUUGUCCCUCUACUUUUUGCUUUUCACUUCCCAUUGGCUGCAGUUCUUAAAGCUUCCUUCCCUCACCACCACAUCUUUAUAUACCUGCAAGUGAGGAUUAUGCUUCAUGCGUCUUAAUGGAGUGCAACCUAGUUCACCAAAGUUAACAAAGUUUGUUAUUCCACAGGACUCUUGUUAACUUUGCUGUGACUGACUGAUGCAGCUACGCCACUGGAAAUGGUUACAAAGGUUCUUGUGGAACAUACCAGACAAAACAGACUUAUGAUAGCAGAAGCCAGUUCUCACAGCCAGUCAGCAACUGAAAUUAGGAGAUAGUUUGAAUUUUUAGGGGGUGAGGAUGCUGCCUAUUACCAGGGGUUUGUGAACUUCUGGGUAGAGAUACAUUUGGCAGAGAUGAGUCAAUGCCUUUGAAACUUUUUGCAAGCCAUUUGAUUCAGCAGUCUUAAUAUUGUAGUUUCAGAUAUGCUUAAGCUGCCUUUCAAGGCAGUCUUUACAAGGCAGCAUAUGUUAUAGCAAUGUUUUAUUUUUAAAAUGACAUUAUACAGUUCAAAUCACAAUGAUACAGCCUGUUUAAAUGUUUACUGUGCAAUAAAAUGCAGUGAAAAUUAACAAAACCUAUACAAUAAAAUAUUUAAAUUAAAAGCAAAGUAAAACAUGAGGCUUUUUCAACUUUGCUUCCCCUGCCUGCACUCUCUGGCUCAUCAUGUUUCUCUGUUCUGUUUUAAGGGAAAAACACAGAGUAAGGAUAUAGCAAAGUCUUCGGUUCCUUCAGGCCCUGUGGCAACAGAUAAAAGUGGCUCCGUUACCAUCUCUGUCCAUGCCAAACCUGGCUCCAAACAAAAUGCUGUAACAGGUAUGUUGGAAGUUGGAGGGGAUAAUGUUUUUAAUUCCUUGUUAUGGGAAAUUUUCUUUGUGCAAAUCUUGGGUUGGUUCCUGGAAGAGGCAGAAAACUCCUAGAACUUAGAUGUGGACUGGAUGCAAAAGGCCCUCUGAGCGGCCAGUACUCAGCAACUCAUCUGAGGGUCCAUUUAUUGGAAAAGAAGGAAUGGGAGGGUGAACUGCCUUACAGCUGUUACAUGUGUUAAGGGGGGUAGAAAAGCACGAUAAAAAUUCUCAUUUUUCCCCAUUUUUUAAAUAUGAUAAAGUAUGUGAAGCUAAUGAAAACAACACAUCCAUAAAACAGCACUAAAGGUUUGUACAUAAACUAGGAUAAAACAAUAUGAAUCAGCAUGGUUUAAAAGCUUGGGGAAAUGAAAAUGUUUGUGCCUGGUGCCAAAUGGGAUUAAAGUUGAUGCUAGGCUAACCUCUUUGGCAAAGGCAUCUCAAAGAUGGGGUGCCGUUGCUGAAUAGGUUUUCCCCCUAGUAGCCAACACACUUCAUAUUGCGGGGCACCCUGAGAAAAACCUCUGAUGAUGCCUUCAGUUUAUGGGUAGAUACCCUAGAUUCAAGCUGUAAAGGACUUCAAAGGUCAAAACUAGUACUUUGAAUUGGGUCUGGAAAUUGACCAAGUUCCAGUGCAGUGGACAAAUCUCCACUAUAAUAUGAUCAGUCCCUGUUAGUAAUCUAGGAGGUUUGUUCUGAAGUAACUGCAGGUUCCAGAUUAUCUUCAGAAGACAGCCCCAUGUAGAAUGCAUUGCAGUAGUCUAACCUUGAAGCUGCCAGAGCAUGGAUCACUGAAGUCAGCCUAUUUCAGCUUAGAUAGGGAUACAGCAAGUGAACCAUCCUAAACUGGUAAAACUGGAACGUUCUUCACAGGAAGUGUAAUUCGGCCCCAAACAGGGUGAACUCCACUCAUCUAGUGUUUUAUCUGGGUAAAACUUUAAGCUUAUUAGCACUUAACCAGUCCAUAAACCGUAGUCAGCGCCAGUUGCUGGGGAACACAAGUAGAGAGAAGAACACUGUUAUGUGGGCUUCCUGGCUGUUUGAACACAGUGAGAACAGGAUACUGCAGCAGAUGGGCCUUUGGCCUGAUUCAGCAGGGCUCAUCUUAAAAUCUCAGUCAACACCAAUUUAGCACUUCAACAUUCUUGUUUGCAAUGUGUGUUUACCCCAGAUCACCAGAUGAUCUCACCCGCGAGUUUCAUGUUGAUGGUAUAUGAAAGUUUCCAAAGAAGCAUUUUAUGGUUUGAACAUCACAAAAAGCUUAAUGAGUAUCUGAGUAAUAAAAGCCUUAAAAUACUCCUUGCAGAUGUGACGACAGAUGCAGUGGGUGUGGCCAUUGCUGCUCCUCCUUCCGAAGGGGAGGCCAAUGCAGAGCUAUGUCGCUACCUCUCUAAGGUCCUCGAGGUUAAGAAGAGCGAGGUUGUGUUGGAGAAGGUAUUCCAUUCUCUCUCUUUUUAAUAUGUUAUAUGUGGGGCUCUUGAAACUUAUUCAUGCUGAUUAACCGUGGCAGGUCACUUUUGCCAACUUUCAUUUUACCAGCAUGGGGAACGCUCUUAAUCCAACUGAUAUACGGUAAAAAGUAGGAGGGGACCAAUUCCUGCAAAAGGUUGUCUUGAAGAACUAGAAAUGGCUGUCUAACCACAGGCCUUGGAAGAGAUGUUGAUGGACAUAGAAGAGGCGGAGAUAUGAUAGCUAUCUUCAAAUAUCUAAAGGGCUGUCGCAUGGGAGAUGGAGCAAGCUUGUUUUCUCCUGCUCCGGAGGGUAGAACAUGAACCAAUGGCUUCAAGUUACAAGAAAGGCAAUGUUAGAAACUGAUAUAUGAAAGCUAGGAGCUAAACGGCACCUUAAACCUAAGUUAUGGGUGCAACAACAGAAUGUCUAGGCAUGCUUUUUUUAAUAAGAAUUCAAAGCUGAAAAUGAAUGAACUGCAGCUGAAAUAUUAUGUUCAUUUUUCACAUGGUCUAGUCCUUUCCCUGUCCACCCCCCUAAUAUUCAUAAGAGGGUCUUCAGAGAGUAGCUGGAAGUGGGGAGGCAGAAAAAGGUCCUCGUUUCCUUCCACUCUGCAGUUUUAAUCUGAAAUCUUAGGCGUAGUACUGUGCCCAGAGCUCGGAAACCACUCGUGCUAAUGAAAUUCCGUCACAAAACGUGCCUAGAACAAUGGGAGUUUCGAACACUGAAGAAGGGAGAUUCCAACUGAACAUCGGGAAGAACUUUCUGACAGUAAGAGCUGUUCGACACUGGAAUGGACUCCCUCAGAAGGUGGUGGACUCUCCUUCAUUGGAGGCCUUUAAAGAAAGGUUGGAUGACCAUCUGUCAUGGACCAUCUGAUAUUCCUGCAAAGCAGAGGGUUUGACUAGAUGACCCUCAUGACCCUUUCCAACUCUACAAUUCUCUCUGCCAUCAGCUCCAGCAAGCAUGGCUAAUGGUCAGGAGUGACCGGGUUUGUAGUCCAAUUCUCUGUUCAUUAUUGUCAUUCACAUUAAUUGAUCCUUUAAAUAUUGUCCAUGACUUUUUCAAACUCUUUAAGGAGUCCAGUGAGUGCCUGAUAGCAGCUGAUGCUGUAGCGUUGCUGUAGCUAAGCAGGCACAGAAACUUGGUCAGAAACUUGGAUUGGAGAUGACCAGGAGUCCCAUGUAGAAACGUUGUCAAAAUAUGCAGGUGUUAAUGUGUGAAAUCAUCUUAAAGUUAUUUGCUUUUUUAUUAAAACAGGGAGGCAAAUCUCGAGAAAAAGUAGUGAAGAUUUUGGCACCAGUGACUCCCAAUGAAGUUUUAGAGAAGCUGAGAAAAGAAGCUGCCAGCUGAGACUUUUCCAAAGCAAUAAAUGAGCAAAGUCGUCUCAGCAGGUCGUUUUGCUGAAGGUGAAGGACAAAGAAGGUUAUACACAGGAGAGCACAUUUUAAAAGGUGGCAGAGAAGCUCAACAUGCAUCUGUGGACAACCGCAAAGAUGAAUUUACAAGGUGUGGAUACACUAAUGUCAUAACACAAGGUACAAAACCUAAUGUUAUUUGAGAGAGCCUCAGGACUCCAAGACUUCAUUAAUUGGAAAAGAUGAAAAUUGUGGUAUAAUCGAUAUUAUUUUAUUGCCAGAAUUUAUAUACUGCUUAAUUGACGUAAACCUCCUAAGUGGUUUACAUUGGACAAUAGCAACUAUUCAUUAAAAUCACCAAUAAAAACAAAUGUUAAAAACCAGCUGACAUAACAUUGAUGAGAAUAUAAAUAAAACCAACAGUUUUUAAAGCAGAUACACAUAAAAAAAUGAUAUUCAAAUUACACGUCUGGGUAGGUAGACUCACCUAAAGUGUGUAGCAGGUGCUGAAAUCAACACAGCGAAGGCACCUGUCUAACAUCAAUGGGCAGGGAGUUCCGAAGAGUAGGUGCUACCAAACUCAAGGAUCAGUGACUUGGAAAUGCAGAACAAGCAUAAUGUGGCACUUGUAAAAGUGGCAGUUCUGCAAACUGAUGUGGGCAAAUGAGCACAUCGGGCAGUGCUCUCUUUUUUAUAUAUGCGGGGUGUGUGGAUGUGCCGGUACUCACCAUGAAGUUGUUGAAGUAAGUGCCGGUACCGCGUACCCUUAAGUACUCUUAGGUACCGGGGGGGGGGAGCACUACAUGUGGGGCAAGGUGAUCCUUUUUGAUGGGUCACUGCUGGAAGUUCUCCAAAUAGCAUUUUAUAUAGUAGCCUGGAAGCAGAUUACUGUUUUUGGAAGUGUUAAAAUGUUGAACUUAGUUGCCUGUGUGUGCACUCAACCCAAGAACGUCUCUAGAAAAUAGGUUUUGCAGGUUGCCGUGGUUUAAUAAUUUGUAAAACCUGUUUAGCCAAAGACUAUCACCCUGCAAAUAUAUGGGAAAAGAUUAAGAAAUGCAUGCAUGAUUCAAAGGUGGUCCUGGGUCUUGUUGCAACCCACCUUGGAUCAGGCUGCAGCAUGUUAGUGGGUGCCAACCCACCAGCUGAAGACCAGGGGUGUAGACAAUACUGAACUGAAUGGACCGGUUUCAUGUGUUACUCUGUGUUGGGCUGAGAGAAAGAGAGGAACUGGCCCAAGGUCACCCAGUGGACUUCAUGGCUGAAUUUGGGAUUUGAACCCUGCUUUCGCAGGUCCUAGUCUAACACAUCCAAAACAUCUGGAGCAUUCCAGCUAGGGUGGGGAUCAUUCACAUGGUCUCUCGUCGGAGCCUUGUAAAUGGUGCUGAGCCUUUGCUUCCUGGUUCUAAGAUGUUUAGGCAAGUGCGGGGUUUCUUUGAAUUUUUUUCCUCCAGAAGCCGAGCAGAAGAACAAAGUUGAACUGGUUGUGUUAUGCUUCAAGCACUUGGUGUAAUAGGGUGCAUUUAAAUUAAAAAAAAUUAGCCAAUCCUUUCAUAUCCUUUUGAUUCACGAGGCGUAUAGUUUUAGGACCCACUUUAUUUCUGAGAUUUCAAGAUGCUUUAAACUGCUUUUAGUAUUGUGCUUUAAUUGUUGUACCCCCCCCCCACCUCGGGGGCUCAGAACAACACUGAACACCAAGCCACUGGAUACCUUGAAAUGGAACCGGGUGGAGGAUCUGUUUCACUGCAAGUGUUAUGUGGUGGGCCGGGCUGUUGACAAAGCCUUCUUUCACCUCCUGUGACCCACGGUUUGCCUCCCACAGAGCCAAGGGCACAGUCACCACAGCACUGUUUAUCACCUUUGCUUAAGGCUCUUUGUGAAGCUAAUUGAACGUCAACUCCUCGCAAACGCCUCAUAAUCUCCAGACCGCCCCACCUAGUGUUGGGCUGCCUCUUUUAUAGCCAUAAUGUUGUCCUCUGGGCAAUCCCCACUUGCUUUCCCGUCUUCUGAUAUGGCCUCUGGUGGUCAGGGCCGCUGCCUAUUUUCAUAGUGAAGCUAAAGAGGGAAGCUGGCUUCUCUUCCCUAUUCCUUACCACCAGCAGCACGGCCAUUUUGAACUCUGGCUCCCCCUCAGCCUCAACUGGCACGGCCAUUUUAGGCCAUAGCUCCCCCUCACCCCCAGGCAGCAUAAGCAUGGUGGGUGGGGCUUAUGGGAGUCGUAGUCCAAAACAUCUGGAAGGCAAUGAGUUGAGGAAGGCCAAUGCAACCUCAUCCAAGCUUCCAAAAGAAGAAGGAAAGAGGACAUUCAUCUAAGGAACCACAAACCCAGGGACACACAAAGCUAAGAAUGGAGUAUUAUUUCAUUCUGAAAACUCAGAAUGCUAAAGAAUUUUAUUUCAUUUUUAAAGGGGAUGGGGAAGGGAUGUAUGUAGGAAGACACUCUUGGGAAAUUUAUUCCUUUACAAAAUGAAAAACGUACAUUUGUGGGGGGGGGGGUUUACAAACCAAGUCAACAUAUUCCACCGGUGAGAGCAGUGCCAACUUGGCAGAAGUGUCCAGCUCUUCUGCCCUGCAUGUCACUGGCACCCAAAGCUCAUCACGUGUCCAUCUCCUCGUCCCACUUGGUGGUGUCAGGCAGCACAUGAAAUCGAGGAACAUGGAGGCCUGCAGCCCGGCCUCUGGAGUGCCGUGUAUGGUAGGAGAGGCUCCACAGCUGCUUUGAUCCCUUUGUAUUGCAAGAGGCUCUCUGGCGUCUCAGGCUUGAGGAGGAUUCCCACCACUGCCUGAGCCUCGAGGUAGUUCCGCGAGUUUGUGUUCCACGUGAUGGAAAACUUCAGCACAGCCUCUGGAAGAAGGGGUUUGGGGAAGACACGUCAGGAAGGAGUGCAAGUUGCAGGCAGCGUGGCCACCUUGAACCAACACACCUCUCUUGCGAAGCGUGGCCAGGUCUGGGCACACAUCUGACCUGCGCCUUUCUUCAAGGCAGGGAAGCAGAUCCAACACCCCUCCCCACCUAGUAGAAAAGCAGCCUGCGGUGCUGGUGGGAGGUUUUGAAUCAGAAAAAUGCCGGGGGGGGGGGCGCAGGGUCAAGCAACCUCUCCUCUCACCCCUCUUUCUUCUUAAACUUGCAACUUUCCCAUGGCUGUUGUUCAAAAGGACAAAAGAAGACUUUGCGAAAGGGCACCUGCUGGGUAAUUAAGUUCAGCACACACGCACACCUUUAGAGGUCGUCCCUGCAGCAUACAAACUAACCUUUCUGGUCUUUCCGAAGCUUCAGGAGGUUCUUUCCCAAGUCGUUAUUAGUUAUUAUUAAUGAACUCCAUUUGCAUGUAGGAACUCCUAUGACUACAAUUAAUGGUGGGAGGGGUGACUGAGUUUAUUCCAGACUACAUGGCUUACAGGAAUGGGUUUUAUAAUAUUUAUAAAAGUACAACAACAACAAUAUGCACUAUAAUCUUUGCUCUAGUAUUACAGAGCUGGCGUAGCUAAUUUGAGGCUGUGUACACACCAUACAUUAAAAGCAUUAUUGCUUCUCCCCUGUAAGAAUCAUGGGAACUGUAGAUUACCCUUCUACCACAUAGCUACAAUUUGUAGCACCCUUUACAAACUGUAGUUCCCAGGAUUCUUUGGGAGAAAUGUGCUUUUAAUGCCUGUUUUUGCUGCAGCAGGCAUGCUCAGCUACCCCUCUGGAAGCUCAAUCCCACAGAAAGCUGUGAUGGCCACCAACUUGGAUGGUUUUAUGCAGGAGAAGGCUAUCAAUGGCCACUAGGCACGAUGGCUAUGCUCUACCUCCACAGUCAGUGGCAGUAACGUUUGUGAAUAGUAGUUGCUGGAAGAUGCAGGAAGGGACUACAGAAUGCUCUUGUUUCUGCAGGCCUCUGGUUGGCCAUUGUGAGAACAGGAUGCUGGACUAGACAGGCCAAUGUGGCCUCAUCCAGCAGGCACUUCUUAUGUCUUUACGUGGUUCAAGGGUAGAGAUUGUGAGAAGGCAUCUUCCAAAGCAAUCCCACCCCACAAAUAGCUUUGGAGCCUUCUUGCCUCUAGCCUAGCCCUCACCCCUUUUCCUGUUUCUGCUGGAGUCUUCUUUUGCUUGCCACGCCUGCUCUUCCGGCCAACGCUGCCAGUGACAGAUCUUAAAAACAUGGGGUCGGUGAGAUUCAGAAAUCGCAGCACCUUGUGCCUGCUGGACCUCCUGAGCGGAGCGGGUUGUGUCUUGCUCCUCGUGAAGUACGGUGAAAUGUGAGGAGUGUUGCAAGCUGGUGCAGAGGCAGAAGGUCUGGCCGAGAUGGUAGAGCACGGCUUCUCUGUCAGGGGCUUCUUCCUAACCCAGUAGAACACCAGUAUCAUAUGCCUCUUAGAUGGGUUGGACAUGCUGAAGAAGGUGCUGGAGGCCCAAAGACCAGGGUGACUUCAAAGCGGAGGACGCAGCAGGCAGUUCCCUAUCAAUGGUGCCAAAUCCAAGCAAAGGUUAGCUCCAGUCCUGUUAAAUCGAUCCAGCAAUUAUGAACGUUAAAUAAGGGAUUAAUUCCUCAGGCAGUAUGAAAAGACUCUAUGUGGCUUUUGAAUAGAUGGGAGCCCCCAACUACUGCCACUGUUGACAGCCUGUUGCCCCUUCACUCUGCUUGAAUGUGUUACGUCACAAUGGUUCCUUCAUCAGGUGUUUCUGAGCAUGAAAAUGCUGUUGGGAGUUUCAGCAAUGAAGGCUCAGGCAUAACAUACUGUUUGAAAGUCUGAACAUUUCCUCUUUUUUUUUCAUUUAACAAAAUUUAUAUACCACUUUUAUAAUUUAUAUACAAAUUAUUAGGAGAGGAAGUUAAAAAUAUACUGUAGUUUAUUCACUUAUAGGCUAGUUGACACACUUUAUUCCUUCUUAUACUUCUAUCCCACCUUUCCUUCACAGAGCAUACACACUUCAGCCUCCACCUUCUCCAUUUUAUCCUGACAGCAAUAUUGUGAGCUAGGGCCAUAGCUCAGUGGCAGAACAACUGCUUAGCAUGCAGAAGGCAUCAGGUUCAGUCCCCAGCAUCUCCUGGUGGGACUGGGAGAGGUCCUGCCUGAAAUCUUGGAGGGCUGCUGCCCAUCAGCGCAAACCAAGUAUCUUCAGCCUUUGAAGACCCAGGACCUACUUUGAAUCAUACAUGCAUUUGGGGACCCAUUUCUUAAUCUUUUCCCAUAUAUUUGCAGGGUAGUAGCGCUCUUGUUGCAACCCACCUUGGACCGGGCUGCAGCAUAUUAGUGGGUGCCAACCCACCAGCUGAAGACCAGUGGUGUAGACAAUACUGAACUGAAUGGGCCAGUUUCAUGUGUUACUCUGUGUUGGGCUGAGAGAAAGAGAGGAACUGGCCCAAGGUCACCCAGUGGACUUCAUGGCUGAGUUUGGGAUUUGAACCCUGCUUUCACAGGUCCUAGUCUAACACAUCCAAAACAUCUGGAGCAUUCCAGCUAGGGUGGGGAUCAUUCACAGGGUCUCUCAUCUGAGCCUUGUAAGUGGUGCUGAGCCUUUGCUUCCUGGUUCUAAGAUGUUUUGGCAAGUGCAGGGUUUCUUUGAUUUUUUUUCCUCCAGAAGCCGAGCAGAAGAACAAAGUU